GCGAUCUGCAAUGUGAGGCGCACAGUGUAUAAAAAUAGAUCUUCCGGCUAUAGAGAUUCGCCGGACGGGCCAAGCUCUUUCUCUUCCGUCGACUCUUUCUUUUUGGAGAAAUCAAACGCAAAUUUGUGUUGAAGAUAAAGACUGCCGAUUAGGAAACUAGUGCCAUAGUGACACGAUAAUGCUGAAACCAUUCGAAGACCCUCCCGAAAUCGGUGCCUGGUGCCGUGAAAAACGGCUCGGCAACGGUGGUUUCGGUGUCGUUAGCCUCUGGAGGAACCGAAAAACCCAACAAACGGUCGCGAUAAAGAAAUUCCACAUGCUGCAAGAUAAGAACGAAAUUACUGAUAAACACUGUGAACGGUGGCGUAACGAGGUGCGGCUGAUGACCGAAACGGUACGCAACGAUAAUAUUGUUCGCACGGUUGCGGUCGAGCCGGACUCGUUUGUCCAGGAGCUGCUGCGCCGAUCCGCCAACGGACUUCCGGUGCUGUGUAUGGAAUACUGUGAGGGGGGCGACCUGCGCCGGGUGUUGAAUCGGGUCGAAAAUUGCUCCGGAUUACCUGAGCAGGAAGUGCGCGAAGUGUUGCGUUCGCUGCGCAAUGCAAUCUCCUAUUUACACAGCCUAAAAAUAACUCACCGCGACAUAAAGCCGGAGAAUCUGGUACUUAAGCAGCAGGGUGAUCGGUUUGUGUACAAGCUCACCGAUCUGGGGUACGCAAAGGCGCUUGAUAAGCAAAGCUUAAACGCCAGUCUAGUCGGGACGGUUGAGUACAUUGCACCGGAUCUGAUCUACUGUGAUCGCUACAAUAACUCGGUCGACUACUGGUCGAUGGGAGUGAUUGCGUUCGAGAUUGUCACCGGUGUGCGGCCCUUCAUUCCCCACUCGCCGAUCACCAAGUGGAUGCUGCACGUGCAGCAGAAAAAAUCGGCCGACAUCGCCAUCACGGAGGACAAUCGUGAGAACUACACGUACCACAGUGACAUUUUCCCCGAAAAUCACAUCUCCGAUGGACUGCGCCAGCAGCUGGAACGUUGGCUUGUGCUGGCCCUCGAGUGGAGCCCCAAACUUCGGGGUUUCGCACCGGACACGGCGACACCGCCAGCGACGACCAAGGUGGUCAAGUUUGCAGAAGAUUCGAAAGCUUCCCCUUCGAUGGUGUUGAAGAUCUUCUCUCUUCUCGAUCAACUUCUGGAGCGAAAGUUUCUGACACUUUUCUCGCUCUACGAUUGCCGGUGGAUGAACGUAGAGGUGACGGAGGAUUCGACGAUGGGGACGGUUCGCCAGGAGGUAUACCGUGCGACCGGUAUCCCGGUGAACGAGAUCGAGUUCAUUCUUCCGCUGGAACAGAAACGAUCGCGCAUUGAAGAAGGGACGCGCCCGAUGGAUCUGUGGCUCCCGGGAGUGUACGGCGAUGAGCGGCCAAUGUUGUACGUGGUUCACGGAGGUAGCGGCGGUGCGAUCGUGCAGCGUGACCUGAAGCCUCGCAUACCGACGAGUAUUACGGACGUGUUUCAAAACAUCAAAGUGAAGCUGAAGCCCCACAUACUGCGGCAAUUUAGCGCCAACGCGUACCACUUUAUCGCGCGGGAAGAGCGUCAGUACGUGCUGCUCCUGGACGGCAUCCGGAACUAUGGGCUGCUGCUGAACGAUGGUAUCGCGGCGCGGCGCGACGAGAUCAACCGGAUGAACAAGAUCGUGUACGGUAUUCUGGGUGGAGUCGAAUACCAUAAGCUGACCCUUUCGCACGCCCGUGACUCACCCAUUCUGCGCAGGCAAAUAGACGGUUCCCGGUUUGACGCGGCCUGUAGCGAGUGGGAAGAGAAUUGUACGCGCCUCGAGUCCAACGUUCGGAAGGUGGCGGAGAUGGCCGAUAAGAUAUGCAAGCGAUACGACUCGGUCUUGAAGCGUAGCCGUGAUGCUCUCCGGCAUCCGUUGUUGGUGCGUGAUUCCGAUCUACAUCAGCAACAACCACAACCUGAUUAUUUUGGAUUGAAAAAUGUGGAAGGAAGGUACGAGCAGACCCGGGCUCGCAUCAUGGAACGGAUCACAAACGAUAAGACCCACAUGGAUAUGUCGCAGGCUGUGUACGAGUGUUUGAAGCGGCGAGACGUUCUUCUGCGCGAUCCGCCGUUUCUUGAGCUGCAACAGCAACUGCUUGACAUUCGCCACGAAAUGCAGGAAAUUGAAAAGGUGCUUCAGAAGAUGCCGGAACUGACGGAAAAGUUUAAACGAGAUCUGGCUCGCCUUACACUGCUGCAGCAGGACGGUGUGUGGAAACUGCAAGAAGGAGCUUCCAGCAGUGGCCAAAACUCGAUCGUCAUUCCAAACGGUUGGGUGCAGUCCAUGGAAACAACGAAAGCUUCCGGUAGCUCCGUUCCGGAUCUCGAUCGAAUCCUGCCGACGACAGGCAAUGGGAUACCCCAAUUUUUACUUGGAGGCCCAAUGACACCGCUACAUGCGGCCCACGGUAGCGAUGGGACACCGAUCGAUGAGAAUCUCUUGUGCUUUGGCGAGGGCCCCAAUGUAGAUGAUUUGAUCUCGGCCAAUGCGACACUGAUUAUGACGACCAACGAUCUGCUGAGUGAUAGUUUUACGAUGCUGCAGAAGUGAGGCCGACGAUGCCAAGCUCGGUGAAAGUAUUGUGAAUUUUUCUUCCUUAGAGAAUGUGCCUCGAAGCAAAAUGAAUGGUGCUACGGUGAUCACACAGGAAGCCUGCGGAAGGAGUGCUGGAAUUACCAGUGGGAUGGUAUAGCUUUAAGCCAGUGAAUUGUUUAUCCCUAUCGCA